AUGACACUCCUGUAUGCAACCAACCGUGGGAACUACUCCCUCUGCUUGCCAGUUUCACUGCUGCUGAUGAAGACCGACAGAGUCGCCAUUGAUGUCCAGAGAAGACGAACAGUUUUCCCAUCGGUCAUUCAGAUGUUCCAGCAGUCUCUGCAUAUGAUGGAGAACGCCAGUUUCCAGAACGACCUUAAGACUUUCCUUCGUGACUACGACCAUCGUUACGCCCUCCAGGUUCUGCCUGCCACCUUGUAUCUUGCUGUUCUGAUGGUGCUAGGCUUCUUGGGGAACUCGCUCGUCUGUUACGUGUACAUUGCAAAAUUCAAACCAAGCCCCACCAAUAGAUAUAUAAUAGCCCUGGCAAUAUUUGACCUUAUCAACUGUGGCAUAUGCAUACCUCAUGAAAUAGCUGACAUGAGAUAUAGAUUCACAUUAGCACGAUACGGCUUGUGCAAGGUCAUGCGAGUAAUCAUAACAUUUGUAUCGAAUGCGUCUGGGUCCAUUCUCCUAGCUGUAGCAGUGGACAGGUACAGGAAAAUUUGCCGACCUUUUCAAAGACAGGCAACAUGUCUCAUGCUCCUGAAAACACGUGUGCAGCGUCAGAAUCGAGCCCACCAACUGACGAACACCUUCGUCAAGGAGAGUCUGAACACAGAUGAAGGAAUGAGGUUCCUCGAAAGAAGAUACCAUCUAGCCGGCUUGGAACCACCAUCAAGAAACAACAGGAGGUCACACAAGACACUGUUUAUGUUGUUUCUGAUCACCCUUGUAUUUGUACUGAGCUUUCUUCCUCAUCUGUGUUUAAUGGCGGCCAAACAGCCUCUAAGGAAACGUUUGCAGGCAUUCAAGGAGCUGGGGCUGCUGUACAGUUUGUUCCUGAGGUCGUAUUUCAUCAAUAGUGUCGUCAAUCCGAUCAUAUACGGCUUUUGUAAUCUGUAUUUCCGACGGGAAGUUAGACUCCUGUGGAGAAAAGUUACAUGUUAUGCCACAGGUGCAUUUUUAGAUCUUAGGCCUCAUCACUUUGAACAUCCGGGUUCGAUUCCAAUCAUGGGUACACUGUGAAUUACUAGAAUACUUGCUAUUGCUAAAAGGGCGUAAAACAUACUCACUCAAAGUAUCCGGGGAUGCAGAAUAUUUUAUGUGUCGCAGUACACUGAAUGUACAUUAGAAAAACAUAGCUAGUUAGUGUUUCUUGAAUAUCUUUUCAAGCCAAUAUCAUAACAGAAUAUCAUGGGUAUGGGAGACCAAUGGAUCUGUUGCCGA